CGGACACAUCCAAACAGUCUGGAUUAUGAAUUCCGGACGUGGCUGUCAUUGAGAAGUUUGCCUUGAUGAAUCCAUUCGAUUAGCGUCGGUGUUUCUCUCCUCACCUGUUCCUGCAACUGCAACUGAAAUCAGGAUGGACCCUGAGCGGGGCAUGAUGGGAGGCCGCCAUCGCUAUGAGGAAGCGGACGAGGAACAUCAAUCCAUCUACAUCGGUGUGCCGAUCCCUCGAGGGUACAGACGCAAACGCCGGCGAAGACGCUCCAUGUCCAGCCGAGACUCGGGGGAGGUGGAGCGAGACAGGCGGUAUGAGCACCAUCACAGACAUCACGAGCACCACGACCUGGACCGGUACGACAUCGAGGCUGGGGGCCUGGACCCUCCCGAACACAGCCUGCCCCCCGACAUCAACAGGACCAUGUCCCCUGCGGCUGAGCGUCUUCGCUACAUCCUGGGAGAUGACGAUGACAUGCCCACACCGACCCUGUUCACAGAGAUGGACACGCUGCAGCAUGAGGGGGACGAGCUGGAGUGGAAGGAGUCGGCCAGGUGGGUGAAGUUUGAGGAGAAGGUGGAGGAGGGUGGUGAGCGGUGGAGCAAGCCUCAUGUGUCCACACUGUCCCUGCACAGCCUGUUUGAGCUGCGCACCUGUCUACAAACUGGCACUGUGCUACUAGACCUGGAGGGGUACUCCCUACCGCAGAUAGUGGAUGACAUUAUCGAGAGACAGAUCGAAGAGGGGAUGAUUGGUCCGGAACUGCGGGAUAAGAUCAGUUUCGUCCUGCUGCGGAAGCACAGGCAUCAGACCAAGAAGCCUAUCCACCGCUCCCUGGCAGACAUCGGCAAAUCAGGCGGCGGAAGUGCUGGCAACCGCAGUCCAAACCGUGCCCCACCCGCGGGAGCAAACUUUAACCGCUCCACAGAAGACCUGCGCUCCAAACAGGCAGGCAACUAUGGCCGUCUGCGUCAUGCCCAAAGUCGCAGUAUGAAUGAUAUUGCUGAUACACCAAGCACAGACCAGCUGAAGAACAAAUUCAUUAAAAAGAUCCCCCGAGAUGCAGAGGCAUCCAAUGUCCUGAUUGGAGAAGUUGACUUCCUGGACAAACCCUUUGUGGCCUUUGUACGUUUGGCUCAGGCAACCACACUCGGAGGACUGACUGAGGUCCCCGUGCCCACCAGGUUCUUAUUUGUUCUCCUGGGACCUCAUGGCAAAGCCAAGUCCUAUAAUGAGAUUGGCAGAGCCAUCGCCACCCUGAUGGUAGAUGAUCUCUUCAGUGAUGUCGCAUACAAAGCCAGGGAUCGGGAGGAUCUCAUUGCCGGCAUCGAUGAGUUCUUGGACGAGGUCAUCGUCUUGCCACCUGGGGAAUGGGACCCCAAAAUCCGCAUUGAGCCCCCCAAGAAAGUGCCCUCAGCUGACAAAAGGAAGUCAGUUUUCUCCCUGAACGAGCUUGGCCAGAUGAACGGGGCAGCCGGUGGGGGAGGAGGCCACGGUGACGAUGAGGAGAUGCCCGCAGCGCAUGAGCUUGGAGAGGAGCUGGCCUUCACUGGCAGAUUCUGUGGUGGCCUGUUCUUAGACAUCAAGCGUAAGGUUCCCUGGUUCCCUAGUGAUUUAUAUGAGGGCUUUCAUGUUCAGUCCAUUUCUGCUGUCCUCUUCAUCUACCUGGGCUGCAUCACCAACGCAAUCACCUUUGGUGGCCUCCUUGGAGAUGCCACUGACAACUACCAGGGGGUGAUGGAGAGUUUCCUGGGCACAGCUCUGGCCGGGACAGUAUUCUGCCUGUUUAGUGGCCAGCCACUCAUCAUCCUCAGUUCCACAGGGCCCAUCCUCAUCUUUGAGAAACUGCUCUAUGAAUUCAGCAAGAGCAACGGCAUUGACUACAUGGAGCUGCGCCUGUGGAUCGGCAUUCACUCCUGCGUGCAGUGCUUCUUCCUGGUGGCCACAGACGCCAGCUACAUCAUCAAGUACAUGACACGCUUCACCGAGGAGGGAUUCUCCAGCCUCAUCUCCUUCAUCUUCAUUUCGGACGCAAUCAAGAAGAUGGUGGGCUCCUUCAAGUACUACCCCAUCAACACAGACUUCAAGCCCGACUACGUCACCCAGUACAAGUGCGAGUGCAUCGCCCCUGACCCGAUGCCAGUGCCAGACAACACUUCUGCUCUGUUUGGGUUAAAUAUUACAGCUCUGGACUGGACGCAGCUCAGUAAGAAGGAGUGUGUGAAGUAUGGAGGUGCUCUGGUGGGCAAGUCCUGCAAGUUCGUGCCCGACCUGGCUCUGAUGUCCUUCAUCCUCUUCUUUGGAACCUACUCCAUGACUGUCUCCCUAAAGAAGUUCAAAUUCAGCCGCUAUUUCCCCACUGCGCUUCGCAAGCUCAUCAGUGACUUCUCCAUCUUCAUGUCAAUCAUGACAUUUGUGGGUCUUGAUAUGUUGAUGGGGCUAAAGACUCCUAAACUAAUUGUUCCCACUGAAUUUAAGCCCACCCGUCCAGGUCGCGGCUGGAUUGUGUUACCUUUCGGAAAGAACCCCUGGUGGGUGUAUGUGGCCAGCUUUGUUCCAGCACUCCUUGUCAGCAUCCUGAUUUUCAUGGAUCAACAAAUCAGUGCUGUUAUUGUCAAUCGCAAGGAGAACAAACUCAAGAAAGGGUGUGGCUAUCACUUGGACCUGUUGUGUGUGGGUAUACUGAUGGCAGUCUGUUCCUUCUUGGGACUGCCCUGGUACGUAGCUGCCACUGUCAUCUCCAUUGCCCACAUAGACUCCCUUAAGAUGGAGAGCGAGUCCAGCGCACCUGGAGAGCAGCCUCAGUUCCUGGGGGUGAGAGAACAGAGAGUGACUGGGAUUCUUGUGUUUGUUCUCACCGGAGUGUCCAUCUUCCUGGCCCCUGUACUUCAGUACAUCCCAAUGCCAGUACUUUAUGGAGUUUUCCUCUACAUGGGAGUGGCCUCGCUCAGUGGAAUUCAGUUCUGGGACCGCAUAAAAUUAUAUCUGAUGCCGUCCAAGCACCAGCCUGAUUUCAGCUUCCUGCGCCAUGUGCCCCUGAGACGGAUUCACCUCUUCACACUGAUCCAGAUCAUAUGCCUCAUUGUCCUCUGGGUUCUCAAAUCCACUUUUCUGGCCAUUAUCUUUCCUGUUAUGAUUCUUGGGCUGUUGUUGGUGCGUAAGAUGCUGGACAUGGUGUUCUCGCAGCAUGACUUAGCUUGGAUGGAUGAUCUCUUGCCUGAAAAAGAGAAGAAGAAGAAAGAGGAUGAGAAGAAGACAACAAAAGACAAGAAGAAGUCAAGAGUGGAUGACAGUGAGGACGAGGAGAAGUACCACCCGUACUCUAACUGCUCUCCCCCAGACUCCGACCUGGACCGCAGCAUCACACUGCACCUGAAGAUCUCCUGCCCGUCUUCGCCGGCGGGGCCCAUGAGCCGCGGCAUGGCCUGUCCCGUGCCCCAGGUCAAGAUCGAGAUGGAGUCCGACUACGAGGACACGGACACGGACCCGCGGCACCGGGACAUGAGCAGUGAGACAACGCUGUAGUUGUGCCGCCGGCGAGGCAAACAGAGAAAGCCCCCCCACCCCACCCGACCCGUGGGGCCCGCUGUCAGGAGAGUAAAUGAUUCUCCUCUGCUCCCACAAAAGCUCUGCAGACAGGACAAUGCAAGGGAAAUGGCCAAACACAUUUGUCAUGGACUCCCACUUUAUGUUAUACCGCAGAUUUGAGAUGGAUGCCGUGUAUAAGACCUGUGUCCAAAAUUCAAACUUUGAUCCGGUAUUAAGUAUUACCAAACCUUUGUACUCAGUAACCGAAUGCACUAUGUUCAGUCUUAAACCACAUAAUGCCACUGAGAUCCGUAUGAAAUAGUUGAUGAGCAGAGGGAGUUUUUAACUGUAUGUACUGUAAAUGAGAAAAUAUAAUGUGCAAAUCUACCUACAAGUUUAUCUAUAUUUAUUCAAAUAAGUAGUAUGUGGAAAACAAAAAGAAUGAUCAGAGGGAUUCCAUGUCUUUGUGGUGCUGUUUAAGUGUAUGGAUUAUGUAGUUAAUGGUCUUUUGUGUAAGAAACACCCUUUUAUUUCCUUUUUUGUUUCUUGCCUCUGCGAUGGUUGGAAAUGGCUGGGGGAAAAGAAACAACCAAAUAGCUUUAAAGCCCAAAUUCACACGCUGCUAGGUUACAUUAUAAGAUAAGUUAUUGUUACGUUUUACAAUAACUUACCACCUUUACCACAACAGACUUACCAGACUUACACAACAUUACCAAUAUUUUUGUGUGAAUCUGAGUCAAUAUACAAUGUAUUUAGUAACUGAUUAUAGGUCAUUAGAGGG